AUAAAAUGAGUGGUAAAAAUGUUGCGCAUUAACGUGUUGACAAAAUUUAAAAAGAUUUCUCACAUAAUAUUCGACUUGGAUGGCACUUUGUUGGACACCGAAUCGGUUUACAGGAAUGCAAUUGAUUCGAUUGCGAGACGUCAUGGACAGAAGUAUACGUCUGAAAUCGUCGGUAAAGUAAUAGGGAGAGUCGUCCAGGAAACGUCCCGGAUUGCCGUAACCGAAAUGAAUCUGCCAAUAUCUCAUGAUGAGUUUGAGCAGGAACUGCGGCAUAUGUCGGAAAGGCAUUUCAGACAACACGGGGCUAAUCUAUUGCCGGGGGCCGAGCCUCUGAUUAGACAUCUGCACAGCAACAAGAUUCCAAUUGCCGUCGCUACCUGUUCUUCUGAGGAACAUGCCGAUUUAAAAAUAUCACGACACAGGGAAUUUUUUAAACUUUUUAACCAUUUUGUUUACGGUGAAACCGAUCCGGAGGUGAUUAGGGGUAAACCCAGUCCAGACAUAUUCCUGGUAUGCGCCUCCAGAUUUCCAGACAAUCCUCAUCCAAACAUGUGUCUCGCUUUCGAAGAUGCUCCUACAGGAGUCCAUGCUGCCAUCAAUGCUGGUAUGCAAGUUGUGAUGGUCCCAGAUGACAAUUUGCCCGACCACUUGCAGAAAGAUGCUACUUUAGCGAUUAAGUCUCUGCAUCAUGUUCCUUUGGACAAGUUUGGAUUGCCAAUUCUCAAACUCGACUAAGUCUACCUCUUUGUCUACAAUGUAUAUAGUAAUUUAUUUGGAAUUUAUUUUAUUUUUGAGUGAGAUUUACACAUUUUAGAGGGUGUAGGAGUUAUAAUUAUUUAAAAAAGAAUUGCUGUGCUUUUCCUAUGAUUCAGUGUUUUGUUUCUAACGCAGUAUUAAUGCAGUAGCAGUUCUGACGUGUUCAAUACUCUUUGUAUUUAUUAAGCUUAUACUUAAUAAAAGUUAAGUAUUAAAAUUGUUUUUCAAUGAAAAAAAAGUGCGUGUCAAGGACAGUACAUCACAUGAUAUGAGAUUAGAGUCUAAAUUUAAUUCUUAUUGGAUAUAACAUUAGAAAUCCCGCUUUUAGUACAAUAUCAUCAGAUAUCUAAGGGAAGUUGUAUAACA